AGACUCGCCCAUUGCGGAAGGGUUGUGGUUUGGGAUAUUACGAGUCAUUUUAAAAUCAUGCCGGGCACAGUCAAGAGCCUGAAAGUUACUUACAACGAUGUCAGCGAAAGAAAUAUUUUUACUAACGGCGACACAGUGACUGGACAAGUCGUUUUGGAAGUGACCAAAGAUUGCAAGGCGGAGUCGCUUUACGUGAAAUUUAAGGGCAAAGCUGAGGUGGAAUGGAGCGAGAGGCACGGCCAAACUACUGUCACUUACCACUCAAAGGACAAGUAUUUCAGCAUCAAACAUUACUUUUUCCGAGACGGAAACGCCACUGACGAUGAUCGGUCACAACUGACCAAUCAGCAUGGAGAAACAUACAGUAAUUUACUUGCUGCAGGAUCUCAUAUUUUCCCCUUCACAUUUCAGUUCCCUUUGCAGGAAAUGCCCUCGUCCUUCGAGGGGUCUGUUGGUAAAAUUGUGUACCUGCUGGAAACCAGGCUUAGUAGAUCCAUGAGGAUACGUUCAAAAGAUACCAUCAAGAUUCCCUUUGUGACACAAGCGGUCCCCACCAUGUUGGAGGAAAUCUUGAGACCUCAGCGUGAAUCUAAGGAUAAAAAGAUGCGUUUGUUCAACUCCGGAACUGUUGCUAUGGAUGUCAACAUUGAAAAAUCCGGUUUCUGCCAAGGAGAGGGCAUCAAUGUUUUAGCCUACAUUCAGAACAACUCCACUCGUGAAAUCAAACCCAAGUAUUGCAUCUACAGAAAGCACAGCUUCUUUGCAAGUGGAAAGAGGAACCUUGAUACGAAAGACCUCUUGAAGGAGGUGGGGGAGCCUAUUCCUCCAUCGGCCAGCCAAACCGUCAAAAGAGUCAUCACAGUCCCCCAUGACCUGGAACCUAGCAUCCUCAACUGUAAAAUCCUGAAAGCAGAGUACAGACUCAGGGUGUAUUUGGAUGUCAAGUUCGCAUCAGACCCAGAAAUCAAAUUUCCCAUAAUCAUCCUACCAGCUGCUCAAGCAUCUGCCGUGGCAGCAAGCGUGCCGUCUACCGCUGCUGGGUUUGGAUUUGGAUCAUUUGGAUCCCCAAACCCACCAGCCAGGGACACUUUCAAUCCUCCACCUCCUUAUGAAUUUUAUAGCAUGUACCCUUCUUUAAAGUAAUGAAUUUUGAUGGUCAAUGACAUUAUCAACACUUCAGCUACUUACUGCUCAUUUCAAAUGUUGACCCAUUGUACUUACUUAAUGUAAGAUAUUUUUUAGAUGUGUGAGAAAAGCUCAAGUGGCCUCGCAUAUAUUCUUAAGAUUGCUAUUUUUGCCAAUCAAACAGAAAUAAUUUAUCCCACACUGGUUGGUUAGUUGGUUGGUCAUACCUGGAUUGUCAUACCUGAAUUGAGUGUUCCAAACUAGUACGUGAAUGUCUUUGUUGGAAUACAUCUCUCUUCUUUUCCCUCUGUUAUGAGUUCAGACAGGUCCUGUCAUGCAUUCUUAAAAGGAUUAGUGCUAGCAUAUUUGGUCAGGUGGAGGUGUCUCUGAAUGCAGAGGAAAAGAAAAUACGUUGUUCCAUCUUCUGUCUUUGGGUCACAAGUUCAAAAUGUGUUUAAAAGGAAUGUUGCAAUAUGUUAAGAAAGUGACUUUGCCUUUGGCCAUUUUGCGUGAUCCAUCGGAAGUCAGAGACAAACGAGAUACCGUAAUCUUCCAUUGGGAAAAAGUAGCAAAGCGGGUAUGUUUAUUGGUAGACUGAAAAAAAAACGAAUUAACUUUACGCAAACAUUUACAUUGGUUACACAGGAUUAAAAUGUGUUAAACUGGCAUGUUGUUUUCAAGAAGAGGGGAAAAUUGCAUUAGUAUAAUGUACCACAUUUUAAUAAUAAUAAUAAUACAUUUUAUUUGAAAGCGCUUUUCAUCUCACUCAAAGACACUUUACAAGAGCAUAAAAACACAGGAUAAAAAUGUGCAUUUAAAACAAGCAUACAUAAUUUACAAAAGUUCAUUUGGAUGAACAAAAGAAAAAUUGGUAAAAAAGAUUAAAAGGCAUUAAAAGCAUAGCGGAACAGGUGAGUUUUUAGGGAUGAUUUGAAGGAUUGGAGGUCAGUACAGUUGCGGAUGUGUUGUGGUAGAGCAUUCCAGAGGGUGGGGGCGGCGACAGAGAAGGCUCGGUCCCCCCAGGUUUUGAGCUUGGUCACGGGGAUGGCGAGGAGGUUUGUGUUUGAGGAGCAGAGAUUGCGGGAAGGAGUGUAUUGGUAAAGAAGUUCGGAAAGAUAGGAGGGUGCCUGAUUGUAAAGGGCUUUAUAGGUGAGUAGGAGCAGUUUAAAUUGAAUACGCUGGGGAACAGGGAGCCAGUGGAGGUUUUUAAGGACGGGGGUGAUGUGAUCACGAGUGCGGGUGUGGGUGAGUAGGCGGGCGGUGGUAUUCUGGAUGUACUGUAGUUUAUUGAGGAGUUUGGAGGUUGUACCAUAGAGAAUGCUAUUGCAGUAGUCAAGGCGGGAGGUGAUGAAGGCGUGGAUGAGGGUUUGCGCAGCGUUGAAAGAAAGUGAUGGGCGGAGACGAGCAAUGUUUUUGAGGUGGAAGAAAGCAGUUUUAGUGGUUUGGUUGAUCGAAAGAGAGGUUAUUAUCAAAAAGGACCCCGAGGUUGCGACAGUGAGAGGAGGGGGACAGGGUGAAGUUAUCUAUAGUGAGGGUAAAGUUGGUGGUUGUUUGGGUGAGGGACAGAGAACCGAUUAUAAGCAGUUGAGAUUUAGUACAGUUAAGAGUGAGAAAGUUUGUUUGCAACCAGGAUCUGAGAGACAGUUAGACAGGGUGGAGUGGGUUGUUGGGGUAAAUGAUUUGGUGGAUAUGUACAAUUGGACAUCAUCAGCGUAGCAGUGGAACUGGAGACCAUGAUGACAUAUGAUUUGGCAGAGGGGUAAAAGAUGAAGAGAAGAGGACCAAGCACAGAACCCUGGGGGACACCUUGGGACAGUGGGGCAGUGUAGGAAGAGCAUUUGUUUAUGUGUAUGAAUUGUUUCCUGUCUGUGAGAUAAGAGUGUAGCCAGGUAAGGACUUUGUCUGUGAUGUUUAGGGAUUGUAGGCGAGAGAGUAGGAUGGAAUAGUUGAUGGUGUCAAAGGCAGCUGUAAGGUCAAGAAGGAUGAGGAUGGAGAGUAGGCCGGAGUCAGAGGCGAGGAGGAGGUCAUUGGUGAUUUUAAGGAGGGCUGUUUCAGUGCUGUGUUGUGUGCGGAAUCCAGAUUGAAAUUGUUCAAAAAGCUGGUUGUUGUUUAGGUAGGUUUUAAUUUGAGAUGUGACUGCACGUUCUAUGACUUUGGACAGAAAGGGAAGGUUGGAGAUGGGUCGAAAGUUGCUCAUGAUGUCAGGGUUGAGUCUGG